AUGCAAGCUUUUGCAGUAUUCUUAAGUUUUAUCCUGACGAGUAUCUAUCCAGUAAUGGGAGCAAUUAAUCUCGCCACUUUUCAACAGGAAGCCUUGGCACAACAUAAUUACUACCGGCAACAGAUUCACUGUACUACCGCAAUGACUCUGAAUUCGUCUAUAUCGACAAUGGCACAAAACUAUGCUCAGUAUUUAGCUGCGAACAAUAUCUUCAAUCAUAGUCGAGUGUCUGGUUACGGAGAAAAUCUCUAUUAUUCGUGGUCCUCAGCGAGCAUAAUUUCCCUCAAUGGUUCUGAACCUACUAACGCUUGGUAUAGUGAAAUUGCGAGUUACAAUUACAAUUCUCCGGGAUUUUCUUCAUCAACCGGUCACUUCACACAAGUUGUAUGGUCUGAUUCGAUACAGCUAGGUAUUGGUGUUGCACUCACUAGCGACAAUAAAACAGCUUAUGUUGUCGCAAACUACUAUCCACCUGGAAAUUAUGCCAACCAAUUUGCUGCUAAAGUACCACCAGUAUGCAGUGUGACUACCACUACCUCAUCUCCAUCAACGUCUGCAUCAUCGUCUAGCAGUAGUGGAUCGACAUCCACAUCCACACCAUCAUCAUCAUCAUCAUCACCCGGAAGUAGUCAGUCGACUUCGUCCGCCGGCACUGGAUCAACAUCCAGCACACCAUCAACAACGGGAACUGUAAAUAGUGCAUCAAUAAAUUGGUCGUAUUAUUUGUAUAAUUUAUGGGCGGCACUUGUAAUUAUUGGUUUAUACUUUCACUAA